CAUCCAUAACAUACGUUCAUCAUAUUUAAAAUUUGUAAAUAUUUUAAAAAAAAUUAUAUUGUUUUAUGAAUAAUAAUAAUAAUUAUACUAAUGCUUGUCCUUCACAAAAUUCUUCUUCGUGCAAUAAAUUACCGAUAGCAGGACAUUAUGAUCAAAUCGUUAAGACUCCAACGGUCAUAGUAUUGGUUGGAUUGCCUGCUAGAGGGAAAACAUAUGUAUCGCGUAAAUUAACUCGCUAUUUGAAUUGGAUUGGGAUAAAAACAGAAGUUUUCAAUCUGGGAGACUACAGGAGAGGGAUGGUAAGCUCCUACAUUGGCAGCGAAUUUUUCGACGAAAAAAACGUAGACGCUACGAAUAUUAGAAAUUUAUGCGCCAAAAACGCUCUGGAAGAUCUCAUAGUCACGUUGCAAUCGGGGAAAGCGGAAAUCGCCGUAUUCGACGCCACCAACACGACCCGCGAACGCCGCAAGAUGGUGUACGAAAUAUGCCACGAUCAACACGGGUACAAAGUGUUUUUCAUCGAAUCCGUUUGCGAGGAUGCCUCUAUCAUUGCUCAAAAUAUUUACGAUGUUAAAGUAGGCAGUCCCGACUACAAACUAAUGUCUCCCGAAGACGCUGUCAAAGACUUUUUGCAAAGGAUAGAACAUUACAGGGCUCAUUACGAACCUCUCGACGAGGUCCACGACAAAUCUUUUUCUUUCAUCAAAAUCUACAACGUCGGCGAAAAAUUCUUGGUCAACAACGUCAAAGACCACAUUCAAAGCCGCAUUGUGUAUUACCUUAUGAAUGCCCAAGUACGAUACCGAACAAUUUACCUAACGAGACAUGGUGAAAGCUUGGAUAAUGUGAUAGGGAAAAUUGGCGGUGAUUCAGACCUGUCCCCUAGAGGGGUUAAAGUUAGGUUUGCCCAAGAAUUAGCUUCCUACUUUGACAUUGAACUCCGUAACGCAAGCGACUUCAAAGUCUGGACCAGUCAAUUUAAAAGGACCAAACAAACUGCUCAACCACUCUUACAUUGCAAAAACAUCAAAACCCUCGCCCUCGAGCAAUGGAAGGCCCUCAACGAAAUCGACGCUGGCGUGUGCGAAGAAAUGACCUACUCAGAAAUCCACACCAAAUUCCCAAGCGAAUUCGCCUAUCGCGACUUGAACAAAUACGCGUACCGCUACCCCAUGGGGGAGUCAUACGAAGAUCUCGUGGGUAGACUAGAACCCGUGAUUAUGGAACUGGAAAAACAGAGUAUCGUGUUGGUCAUAGCCCAUCAGGCUGUACUUCGUUGCUUGCUGGCUUACUUUUGCGACAGGAAUCGAGAUGAAUUACCUUAUAUAAAGGUUCCGUUACACGUUGUGAUAAAAUUAACCCCAAUAGCAUACGGUUGCACUAAAGAAGAUAUUAUUAUAUCCGUCCCAGCCGUUGACACACACCGAGACAGGCCAAAGAAAAUUAGUAUACCACCAGAGAAUGUUACAAAUAACAAUGGUAUCUGCAUAACGAAAACUUAACAUUUCUUAUUUUACUAUGUUCUAGUCACAAAUCAAGAUUAUUGCUCUCAAAAAAAUAUUACGUCCAAAUCUCCAAUCAUAUCCAUCAAUAUUAAAUAAUUAUUAUGUUGCAAAAUAUCGUUUUAUACUUCUUAACCUGUGUUAUACAUAAAAUCAUAUAUUUUUUUUACGAAA